CACUUACUCCCACGUGAGUUCCACGACAUACAGGUCUGUAUUUUUAUCCUUUCGCAGUCUCUCUGCCAGCCUUCAAAAUAGUUGAAGACAAAAGGCAAAGAAUAGCAUUAGAUUGUACAUAUAUAAUUAUAUGUAUAGGCAUCACUUUCUUGUUUAUGGUCCUCCUUUGCACCACCAUAUAACCAUCAGUACUGCAUCAUCUCCGCUUAGAUCUUCACAUGUGGUGGGGUGACCUAGCUCAAACUGGUAAACUUUCUCUCUGUCUACAUUUUUUUUUUUCUGUAGUUGCACUCUUUAUCAUGUUCAGUUUCUGAACAUAAUUUUUCAAGUUAGAUAAUAACACAGGAGCUCUUGAAAAAGGUUAGACAAAGAAAUGUAUCCUUCUAGCAGCAUAUAUAAUAAUAAACCUUUCGAGUCCUUGUUCAAGAGGCCUUUUCCAUUUGAUCAAAACCCUAGCCCAAAACAAGAUGACCCUUCACUUUCCUUCCAUUUUCCUUCACCAUUUCUUGAUGAAACUGAAUUGUCCUGGAAUCAAAUAUUGUCCCAAAAUCAGCCCAUGGCAGUGCAUAAUUGCAUAGCUCAUGAUUACCAGAUAGAAACCUAUGUUGAUACUACAAACAAGGAAACAACAAAAUGCAGCAAUAUUGAUCUCUCCAGAUUGAAUGAAAAAUCAGUUGAAUCAACUCCAAAUAAGUCAAUUACACCAUUGAGGAAGAGAAACCUCGGUCCAACGCUGCUAAAGAGAACCGGGAAGAAGGAUAGGCACAGUAAGAUUUGUACAGCACAGGGAGUGAGAGACCGGAGAAUGAGAUUAUCGAUUCAAGUUGCGCGGAAAUUUUUUGAUCUUCAAGACUUGUUAGGCUAUGAUAAAGCAAGCAAAACCAUUGAAUGGCUUUUCACAAAAUCGAAGAAGGCGAUUAAGGAGCUGAGCAAGAACAAUCCAAAAGUAAGGACCAGUUCUACCAUCGAUGAUUUAAAUGGGGAAACCUUUGUGUCUGAACGUGACACUGUAUCAGUAAUAGAGGGGAAUUCAAUCAGUGCACACAAAGGAGUUGCAAGAAAAUGUGCAAGUAUAGAAAGAAAGAAAAAUGACAAGAAAUUGCGAAACUCUGUGUAUAAACCUAAUACGAAGGAGUCCCGGGACAAGGCAAGAGCAAGGGCAAGGGAUAGGACAAGAGAAAAAAUGAUGAUCAAAGGCCUGGAAGAUUCGACGCAGUGGUUUGAAUCAAACCCUGAUGAUUUUCAACAAUUAGGGCCUUCCAGUAGUUCCUUUGAAGCUGAAGAAGAAUCAAGUUCUCAUAAUCAGAAGCAAGGUGCUCAUACUAACUCACUGGAAAAUCGAUUAUCUGAUGUGGGAAUAAUUGAGAAAUUCCAAGGAGAUUCAAGCUCAAAUUCUUGGCAUGUCUCUGAUUAUUCCAAUAACAAUUUCAUGGGAUUUCUUGGAAAUUGGGACAUGAAUAAUGAUAGAAUCAACUCAGAAAUGACAAACAUUGUUUCAUUUGCAGGUAACCCCAAUUCUGUUUAUCUAGCCACCUCUGAUUUUCCAUUCCAGCAAUAAGUACAUGUUAGGAGAUCAUCCUGCAUGUGUAAAAGAUUUGGUUAUUCCAUAUAUUGCGUGUUUAAUUCUUUGGAACUAAUGAACCUAGAAAUUUCCAAAUCUUAUUGUCUGAUGUAUCUUUCUGUAUCACUACAAACUUUCUUUGAUAGUUUAUAGAAUUUUUAUUUAUUUUUGA